AUGUUUACAAAAUUCAUCGCCAGCCAGAGAUUACAAACACGUACACUCACCACGACCCGCUCAGUGCUCUCGUCGUUAGAUGGCCAAGGCGGACAAGCCAAGCAGGAUCCAUCCAAGAUCGAUCAAGAGCGCAAGAGACAGGAUUUCUCAGGCAAUAAGAACGCACACGGCGAGGACGUGUCUCCACACAGUGAGCAUGCCCCAGGCUGGAACCCAACGCUGGCCACCGGUUCCGAGGAGGGCAUCAAAGCAGACAGGGAUCCACACGCUACCCCAGAGAAUCUCGCUAAGAACGCCAACAAGACUGCCGACAAGGUGAACAAGGAUACUGGCAAUGUUUGA